GCCACCUCUGCCGACUCUUCUGCGUAAGUGUAUGAAAGAAUAUUUCCCCCCCGAUGGAGAGAGAAUGUGAAAACUAACUCCUCCACUUCCAAGUUCUCACCGACUCUGUGACACAACGAGAAGCGCCAGAAGGUUCAGUCUAGGUCUGGGUUACAAUGCAACCGCGGUCCUCCGGCGCAUGACUACACAACUCCUGUUUCCACCGAAACCCACCAACUCACGACGCUCGAAAGUUAACCUUAUCAGACCUCAUAACCGGUGCACUCAUGUCUGACCAGAAACGAGCCAUCGGAGUACUCUCGCCGACCCUCCUGCUAUUGGCUUUCCUCGUCCUCUGUGUUGCCUCGAUCGCUGGGGCUGCGCCGUUAGCGAACGAUACACUAGACAGCUGCCAAAUUCUCACGAACCAAUGUCAAGUGAAAGCCGCUGCCUCCACAGCAAACAAGAAGUGUCUGCAGAACUUGAAAACGACAUGUAGCGACGCGGUCCAGACGUCUAGCGGAUUCUGCUUCACUUGUCAAUGCGAUACUCUGCAGGUGAUGGACUCGCUGAAAUGCGGUGGGCUGAAGGCUUACAUCAACAAGGCUCAAGCUUUACAAGCGACGACUACGAGGAAGCUUUCGCCAAAACCAACUUCCAUACCGAAACGGCCCAAGCCCAACAACUCGAAUGAUGGAAAGGAUGGCAAGCCCAACGGGGAUAAAAGCAACGAUAGUGGAAUCAUCGUACCGUCGCCGUCGGAGGAUCCAUCGUCCCAAUCCGCUGGAGUGCCCGAUUUCUCCAAAGCCAAAUUGAUCGGAGGCGGUGUGGGUGGGACUAUCGCAUGUCUUUUGAUCGUUGCUGGAGCCACGACUCUCGUGGUCACUCAACGGCGGCGGAAGGCUGGCACUGCUGGACGCUUCCUGGGAGCCCGGAAGCCGUACGAUCGGGAACCGGGUUGUACGCAAUCACCUCGAAGUGCAGUGUCCUCCACACCACCGAUGCUAAGUGAGAUCCAUUUCGUCGAGGAGAAUUCAAAGAGAAACAGCAAAGUCAGCAACGUCUUCAACCACAAACGGCGCAGUUCACGGAUCGAAGAUGCCUCCGUCGUUCACGCGGAACAGGAACCGCACAAGAAGGUCGAUGUAGAUCCCGAGAUGGCACAGGUGCGGCCCUCCCCAUCGCCGGGCCACUCGGCACUCUCAGGAUCACUGCGACCGGAUACGGGACCAACGAUGCCUCACUUGGCCAUCUUUGCCAGACCCGACGCUCCAGUCAGGACAGCAAUCCCGGCCAUCAGCAGCAACGCAGCGUCUCCAUCUCCUGCUCCGGUCGUUCCACCAAUCGUACCCCUGAAGCCUACGCCACCCGUCCAGAGCAUGAGCAAGUUCUCGCUUCUGGAUUCGUUGAACGGUAUAAGGCAAGGAUCAGAAACAGCAGCGUCAGCAACAAGCCCGGUGCGGUCACUCAUCAGCAAUCCCUUCUCGCGAGUGCGAACGGAUAGCUUUGCCGACGCUCAAGGGCCACCACCUCUCGUGCUGGCUCCCGCUGCCGAAAGCCUCAGGAACGAUCCACUAUACAUGCAGCAUCUGCGCGAACGGGAGGAGAUGCGGCGGCAUUGGCAGAAGCUCCAAGGACCCGCUGCGUCCACUUCUUCAACUAGUGACGCCACUGGAAAUGCCGCAGCCGAACCAUCAACAGCGCCACGACCCACGGCGGCAGCUGUCGCCUCUCUAGCCGUCGCCGGGACAGAAUCGCCCAGCACAGGAUACCCCCACCAAGUCUUGAAACCAAGCCGUAUACCCUUCUCCUGUGUCCCGAACAAGCCCUUCAUCCCAUCCCCACUGCGUCAAGCCACCACCAGCUCCCAGAGCACCCUCGCAUCCACGUCUUCGAUGAUGACGACUUCGUCGCAAGGACUGAACACCCACACUGCGCUAUCGAGUUAUGUCCCGCAGCGCGAUGAUGAGAUUGCCGUCCACUGCGGGGACACGGUAGCAGUGUGGCGCGUGUGGGAAGACGGAUGGUGCAAAGGUGCCGUAUUGACCGGUGGCGACGACGAUGACCUGCCCGGCAGCGAGUACAGCUCCGAAGAUGAGGACGACACCAUGGACGUCUCCUCGAAUCCCACCUCCAAACGGUCACCCACCCCCACUGCCUCGUCAGUCUCCAACUCCACCACCUCAACAUCCAUAACAACCACCUCAACCCGAUCACAGGUCAAACUGCGCAAACACCGCCAGAUUGUCGCUGAGGGCGUGUUUCCCGUCCGAUGCCUGCGUGUUCGGCAAGACGCGUAUCAGAGUGAGGACGGCGAUGUGGGCACGUUGUGUGGGUGGGAGGGCGAGCGGGCGGAUAGUCUUGAGAGCGAGGACGUGUGAUCGUAUCUGAAUCUUCCCGGCUGUUGACCGAACUUUUGGCGUGUUGCUCUUUCCUUCUUUUUCUUUUACAUACUUGGCGUUAGCGCUUUCUUUCCCUUUCCCUUUCUCCUGUAUAGUCAUCAAGUCAUCGUUGUCUGCAACUUCAUCAUCCCUCACUCUCUCUCUAUGUGUGAUAUGAGUUUGCCGCAGGCUGAGCUGUGCGGCUGGACUAGCCAUCUUCCUUUUUUUCUUUUAAAUGCGCAUAGUAGACCUGUAAUGAUACGAGGAAAUAGGAAAAACUGUACAGACA